GGGAGAGAGGAGAAAAAGAGGAAAGGGAGAGAAGAUGAGAAUAACCCAAGCAUGAUCGAUCUGCUCCAUGAAUAAUUGAAGAGGGAUGUGUUUUGGAGAGUUCUGUUCUCAGCCCAGCCAAGCCCAGCUCUCCUACAAUGAUGUAUCUUUCUACUCCUGCUUGUGCCACAGGGAAGCAGUUCCCUGCAGUGCACCUCUCGCAUAGUAAAUCUGAUGUACAUCCGGGACAGUGUAAACACUGAUGACUCGAAAAAGGCUCUCAGUGGGAGAGGAGCAGAGAGAAGUCGGGUAUCUAAUAGAACUUUGCGCUGGCUGCUCCUGCCGCUGCUAACAACGAUACUCCUAUAUUCCCAUUCUGGGCUCAGGAACAUUUAGUGCGACAGGAGGAAGGAGGGAUAACCAGAGCAGGGCUUUGAAUCAUAUGCCUAACCUAUCGACCCAGCUGAGUGCACCUCCUCCUAUCCUCUGUGAAUGCCCUCACUUGCAGCAUGGACUCCGGAGGGGAAAGAGAGGAAGGGUGGAUGGAAGACCAGUGGGAGAAAUGGGACUAAACAGGGCAAUUGAUGCUUUGGCAGGACAAAUCCCUAUUUCCCGAUUGGUGUGGAGGUUGACCCAUGACAUCAGCCUGAAUGAGUUUGAGGAUGACGACCUGUCUGAGAUCACUGAGAUCACAGAUGAGUGUGGGAUGAGUCUCAACUACAUGGGCCUAGAGAUUAAGGGCUGUGUGAGGCAGGGGACCAAUAGUGGGGUGGGGAAGGAGGAGCUGGGUGCUGUCGGCCAGCUCCAGGCUGAAAUGCUCCAUUUAGAUCUGAUCGACGGGGCCGAUGAUUAUCGCGAUGACAAGGAGUCAUCUAAGCCAUCUUCCACAGCACCCCUGCCAGUAACCGAGGACCCCCCUCUAGUAACCAUGGAUAUAUACCGGCCAAAGAGACCCACGACCCUUAACCUUUUCCCCAUGGUGCCACGCACUCAGGACACAUUAAACAACAACUCAUUUGGUAAGAAGUACAGCUGGCAGGAGAAGGUCUCGCGCUCUUCCUCCCCCUCAAAACAGGCGGGCUGACCUCUCCCCAUGAGCACCGCUGUCUAAGCGACGAGGACAAGCUGCAUCAGGGAGGUGGGACGCAGACCAAGGACCGCGGCACAUCCACUGACACUCCCUGCAGAUACAAACACACUUCUGGACACACCCACAGCUCCACAGCAGGGACACACUCCAAACUGCCGGAGAAGCCCCCAGCAUCCCCGCCUCCCCAAAACUACACACUCACACCUCUGGGCCCCCCAGGGAAGGGCGAAGGGGGGACACACAGAGAGAAGAUCCGCU